AUGCCGCAAGACAGUCAUCGAGACACGACGGAAGCGAGUAUGGCAGCGACGAAGAUUCAAGCUAAUUUCCGGGGUUACCGGGUUCGGAAGCGGUUCAAGGAGUCGCAGAAAGACGCCAACUCGCAGUCGCCUAUGGAUCAAGGACAACGGGACGAGUAUCCGCGGGGAAAGGGGGAGUCCCCGGUCCCGGAGAAGGAAAAUGUAGAGCGGGUGAGCUUGGAGGAGAAAUCUGCGACGAAAAUCCAGGCCGGAGUGCGCGGCUUCUUGGUCCGGAAGAGGCAGGAAGUGGCCCGGGUAGCCGCGACCAGGAUCCAAGCCGGUUUCCGAGGUUUCAAGACCAGAAAGCUGCUGAAAGAAAGCGGACAAUAA